CCGCUCACGUGACACAAGCCGCUCCCACGUGACCAGGCCGGGAGCUCGCGGCCGCGUUUGGGAGCCGGGAUCGCCGCCAUGGCUAGCCAGUCGCAAGGCAUCCAGCAGCUGCUGCAGGCCGAGAAGCGCGCCGCCGAGAAGGUGGCCGAGGCCCGCAAGCGAAAGAACCGGAGGCUGAAACAGGCAAAAGAAGAAGCACAGGCAGAGAUUGAACAGUACCGCCUGCAGAGGGAAAAGGAGUUCAAAGCCAAGGAAGCAGCGGCUCUUGGAUGUCAUGGAAGCUGCACCACAGAGGUUGAGAAAGAGACCCAGGAGAAGAUGGGCAUAAUCCAAGAAAACUUCCAGAAGAAUAGGGAAGAGGUGCUGACUGAACUGCUGUUAUUAGUGUGUGACAUCAAACCGAAAAUCCACAUGAAUUACCGCAUCAAUGGAUAGUAGAGGAAGAAUGUGUGUGCUGGAAGUACUAGCAGUAACAUCUGGCUUCAGAUGGAACGUACAGCCCUUAGCCGUACUAUAGCUCUGUUUUGUUUUGUUUUUUUUUUGGAAAGAAAUUAAAUUAUUUCAGUAGGUUUGUAGGUCCUUGAUACCUUGUUGGAGACAGUAGUUUACCUCUACAUGGAUUCAGAGCUUAUCCAAAGAAAAUGACCAUGUCUCAAAUAUGCAUUAAAUGGCAAAUAUUUAAUAAGCAAAAAAAAAAAAGUUUCUCCUUUUUCUUAGGUAUUUGCUCAAAAGGAGGGGUUUGAGAUUUAAAAGGAGAGAGAUGCUGGACAGCUUUUAAAAUGCAAGCCUGAGUCACUACUGGUUUAGACAUUUUUUUUCUGUGUCCUUGUAGGCUGAAUUGUAUUGGUUUAUGUUGGUAAUCUUUAAAGUAAAGGUGAAUCCAGAAAGAAAAAUCCUUGGGCUGUUCAGUAUGGGCUGGUAGUUAGCUAUUGUGUGUACUCCGCUAUAACUUGAAUGAUAAGUCUGGUGUUGUCUGGCACUGACCUUGGAAAGUAAAGAACCUAUGUAACUCUGAUGUCUCUUUAGUUGUCUGUCUUGUUUCUCCUUGCCCUUCGACUUACUACAGUAGUGCCUAUGGCUUCAUUUUAUUAUGUGCUGCACAUAUGCACACUGAAUCUGUUAAUUCUCUUAAGACAAAACAUGGGAGAAGAAAGAAGUGAAGUGACUUGGCAAAAGUCAGAGUGGGUAAAUUGCAGAGCCUGCAGUGGAACCCAGGUCUCCUGGAUUCUUUAGCAUUCUAGCCACUAGACCAAUGAUGAACAAUUCACCCAAGAAAAUUCUCAAGUAGUGAUCAUACAUGAAAGCUUAGGUGGAAUAGAAAUUAACUGCUUUCCAAAUGUAACUUUUGUAGUCAGCCAUGGGAGUGCAGUAUCUAUCCUUCCUCUCCUGGUGCCUCGUACUGAUCUUUGCUGUGCUGUAAUAAAUAUCAAGG